AUGAAGCUCCGCACGAUUCUAUUGGCCACAGUAUUCCUGACUUCUGUUGAAGCUACCUGUAAAGAAGGCUUUACCGAAUUUACGGGGACGUGUUACAAGAUCGUCUACACUUGGGUGGGCCAGGCAAAAUCCCGGGCAAUUUGCCAAGAAUUGGGGGCGGAUGUAGACCUCGGAACGAUUCGUUGUGAUUAUGAGAAUCAAGCCGUUUGGAAGCUUUACAAUGGCGAUUCCACGCUCACCUCGCUGGCUGCAGCUCAAAGAAAAGUUGUCGGUUUUCGGCAGGGUUACCCGACCGAAAACUGGUAUGCUGUGCAAAUUUGGAUCGGUUUGACUGGAAAUACGAUGAAGCAGAAGAAGACACAAACUUGGUACUGGGAUUCCAACUCGACCUACCGUAACUGGGCAAAGGACGAACCGAACAAUCUGGUGGAUAUGGGCGAGAAUUGUGCCGAAUACUACAUCCAACCGGACGCCAACUACAAACAGAUGUGGAAUGAUUACAAGUGCACCGUCAAGAACAUUUUCGCAUUGUGCGAGCAGUUUGUGGCUACGAGUGGAAAUGGUUGCGGUUAUAAUCGGAAGGACACUACAACAACAACUACUACUACAACUACAACAACAACAACAACAACGACUACGACCACUACGACAACAACAACCACGACCACAACUACUACAACAACCACCACCACAACUCCGACGACGACAACAUCGAGCACUUCGACAACUACUACAACUACUACUACCACCACCACCACAACAACUACAACUCCCAAGACUAAAUGUGAUGUCCCCGGCUACACCGAUGCUGGCGGUACCUGUUACCAACUAAUCCAAAUCACCAACCUGACGUACGUACAGGCAAGGGCGCAAUGCCAAAGUCUUGGCGGUGAUCUUGGCACGAUCCGUUGUAACUCGGAGAAUGAAGCUGUCUGGAACCUUUGGAGCAGCUCCUCUAUCAAAAGCGGUCAACCCGCAGCGUCCUCUGCCUACGGUGCAUACAGUGCGCAAGUCUGGAUCGGUAUCUCAAACACGACGGCCGGAGAUGUGACUUCCGGACGUUGGCAGAAUGGUGAUGGAUCGACAUACAGAAACUGGGCGAACGGUGAGCCAAACAACAACGGGAUGCCAAAUAUUGAUGAGGGUUGUACGGAGUAUUACAUCUCCGGGUCGAACCAGAAGAAGUGGAACGAUUACAUGUGCGUCUAUGGGAACUAUGCGGCGCUUUGUGAAGUUGUUACGGCUUCAACCGGCUAUGGCUGCAAGGCAGGGUUG